CUUUUGUGUGCCAACACCAAUGGCCUCCUGCUAAGAAUCUGACAAUCCCAAUUCGGGAUUAAGUAAAACAAUUUGCAUCUUCCUUUUCGAACCUAAAUCCAAUCCCGAAUUCGUAGUUGCUCAUGGCUCCCUUUAGAUGGGUCUUUCUGAUUUUAGUUCUUCACUCUCUUAUGCCAAAACCCAUUUCUUCAAAUCCCACACUGACCUCUGAGAAGUUAGCUCAAAUCCCACUUCAUUUCCUUGACUUUGCCAAGAAACCAGAAAUUAAGGAUUGGAUGGUUGGGAUUAGAAGGAAGAUACAUGAAAACCCUGAACUUGGUUUCGAAGAAUUUGAGACCAGUAAGCUUAUUAGAGCCGAGCUUGAUAAGAUGGGUAUCCACUAUAAAUAUCCAGUAGCUGUUACUGGUGUGGUUGCCUUUGUUGGCACCGGUGGCCCUCCCUUUGUUGCCAUUAGAGCAGAUAUGGAUGCUCUAGCCAUGGAGGAGGCUGUGGAGUGGGAACACAAGAGUAAAGUUCCUGGUAAAAUGCAUGCUUGUGGGCAUGAUGCUCAUGUCGCUAUGCUUCUUGGUGCUGCAAAUAUGCUUCAAGAACGUCGUCAUGAUUUACAGGGAACAGUUGUUCUGAUUUUCCAACCUGCAGAGGAAGGAGGUGGUGGAGCAAAGAAAAUGUUGGAUGCUGGAGCACUGGAGAAUGUACAAGCCAUCUUUGGGCUGCAUGUCUCAUCUGCAUAUCCUAUUGGUGCUGUAGCCGCCAGGCCUGGCCCCAUUUUGGCUGCCAAUGGGUUCUUUGAAGCUGUAAUAAAUGGAAAGGGGGGUCAUGCUGCCAUUCCCCAACUUACAAUUGAUCCAAUCUUGACAGCUUCCAAUGUGAUUCUCAAUUUGCAACACCUCGUUUCACGUGAAGCUGAUCCCUUGGAUUCACAGGUUCCUUUUCUAUACUGUUACUCGGAGGGAAAAAGAAAGUGUCCCUUUGCCAUAUAUAAGACAGCUACAAUACCUGCAUUGUCAGAAACUCCUGAAAAUUUUGUUUUCUGCCAUUCCUUUUCAACACAACAAACAUCUAGCAGUAGUCCUCCAUGUUACCUUCCUUUCCUCUUAACAUCUUGUGGCACUACCAUUAUUAGGAAAAACAUAAUCUUGCAGGUGAUUUCCGUUACAAAAUUCCAAGCAGGUGGUGCAUUUAAUGUCAUUCCAGAUUCUGUUACUAUUGGUGGGACUUUCAGAGCAUUUUCAAAAGAAAGCUUCAGUCAACUAAUGCAAAGAAUAGAAGAGGUUAUCACAAAACAAGCUAGUGUACAGAGGUGCAAUGCAACAGUCAUCUUUAAUACAGACGAGAGGCCCUUUUACCCCGUGACUACCAACAAUGAAGUCUUGCAUGAAUAUUUCAGAAAAGUAGCAGGGGACAUGCUGGGUGUUCAGAACAUCUUAGAAAAGAAACCGCUAAUGGGAGCAGAGGAUUUUUCAUUCUAUACGGAGGCAAUUCCGGGAUAUUUCUACUUUCUCGGAAUGAAGAAUGAGAGUCAAGGGAAAUUUGAAUCAGGACAUUCACCCUACUACAGAAUCAACGAGGAUGCACUUCCAUAUGGUGCAGCGCUCCACGCAUCCUUGGCCACAAGUUAUCUACUGGAAAAUCCUCUCAAACAUACUAAUGCAGAAGGAAUGUUCGAGGAUGAACCAGAAAGAAGUUUCCAUGAUGAACUCUGAACGUAUUAACUUCGUCAAUAAGUGAUCUUGAUGAACCACAUGCACUAAAAUUAGAUUUUCUCGACGUUUAGUAGACUUCUUAUCUAUUCAUGAACUGAUUUUAGUAACGUACAGUCAAUUGCUAAGUACUCUAUAUGUUUAGCUUAUCAUCAACAAUUGUUUUGAUGUCAAUAAUAUUCUUAUUCAUGG